AUGGUGACGGUAAGCAGCAAUAAGAGCGGCACUGCGAAGAGCACUCGGGGUCACGAGUCACGGAACUGCAGUCACUUGAGCCACCUCUCACGAAACGUGCUACGGGCGCGCCGCGGUGUCGUUCGCAUGCUCAUUGUUGUCGUGCUUACCUUCGCCGUCUGUAAUCUACCCUUCCACGCUCGCAAGAUGUGGCAGUACUGGUCCAGCGGCUAUGAGGGUUCCAGUGACUUCAGCACACUGCUCACACCGCUCACUUUCCUCAUCACGUAUUUCAACUCCGGUAUUAACCCACUCUUAUACGCAUUCUUAUCAAAAAAUUUUAGAAAAGGAAUGAAGGAACUCUUGUUUUGCAACUGCCACGGAAAAAAGAAAAGCGAAAAUUUAAUUUUAUUGAAUCCGGUGGGUGGCGUUGGUUUAAGGCGGAGCUCGACACGAUCCACUCGGGCCAAUUGCAGCACAGUGACAAUAGCACCGAAUGGAGAAUCGUGA